AUGGCUUCUGAGGUAAGGUUGUUGGCUAACUUACUCCGCUUAUUAUAUAUUCUACACACAAACAACUCUUGGGUAAUUUCUGCCCCAACGGGAAGCGGGAAAACUGGAUUACUUGAACUCGCUCUAUGCAAACUUCUCUCGGAUGUGAAAAAGUUACAGUCAAAUACGCUGCCUAAAGCAAUCUACCCGCUCAAUUUUUGUUCUAUUCAUGUAGAAUGUCUCUCGAGAGGUGUUGGUUUCCACCAUGCUGGUUUGAGCCUUACCGACCGAUAUCUGGUGGAACAAGCAUUUGUUGCCGGUCAGCUACCUGUUCUGGGUAGAUCUGUUUUUACUUUAACAUAG